AUGGUACCAGUCAAGAAACCCGAGCCUUUCAAGAAAGCCCUGUACUUUUCAGAGGCUGAGUUCAAAGAGCGUCAACGCCGGGCUCUGAAGCUCAUGGAGAGAGAGGAGCUUGAUGGCUUCCUCAUAACCAAGCAAGAAACUCUUUACUACUUGACCGGCUUUGAUACCUUCGGCUAUGUCUUCUUCCAAGCCAUGUACUUCCACAAGGAUGGUUCCAUGCGGUUGAUCACUCGAAUUCCCGAUCUACGCCAGGCUCUCUACACGUCAAUUUUAGAUCAGAAGGAUGUCCUCAUUCGAUCUGACGACGCUGGAAGUAAUCCCGUAUCCUUGGUUCCCAAGGUCCUGAAGGAGUUUGGAAUUAACUCACCAUCCAAGCGAAUCGGUUAUGAACCUGAUUCCUGCUCCCUGACCCACCGCCUGGGAAAAGCACUGGAAGAAGCUCUUCACGACCUUUGUGUGCUAGUGGAUCACAGCGAUCUAUUUACCCGAGAGCUUCGUAUUAUCAAAUCGGAAGCUGAAAUGCGCAAGGUUCGAAAGGCCGCGUAUCUUGCUGAUUUUGCGCUCAUACGUGCCCUUAAGCUGGCCAAACCCGGUGCCUAUGAAGGCGAUUUAUGGCGGGAAAUUACCGGCACGGUCUAUGAGGGUGGCGGAGAUGAUCCUGCGAACGAGAAUAUCCUUGUAUCCGGUAAUAAGGCUGUUCUUACUCGUUACUCGACGGGUAAACAAAAAAUCGAUCGCCAGCUCACGCUUGAGCAUGCCGCGGUUUAUAAGCAUUAUCAUGCGUGUCUAAUGCGCACGAUUCCUAUUGGCGGUAUUACAAAGCUGGCUCGAGAAAUGCAUCGGGUUAAUAUACUUCAAAUGGAGGCAGCUAUGGAGGCACUUAAACCUGGCAAAGAGAUUGGCGAUGUGUUCGAAGCUUACGCUCGUGUGGCGGAUGAAAACGGCUUCCGGGACCAACGUUUCAAUAGUUGCGGUUAUAGCUUAGGUGCCACUUUUUCGCCUACAUGGAUGGAUUUUCCCAUGUUUGUGAGAGGCCAAAACGUGGUUGCUCAGCCUGGGAUGAUAUUUUUCAUCCAUAUUAUCUUAAUGGACAAGGCGACUGAUACUGCCAGCUCAAUUGGCCAGACAGUGGAAGUGACCCAAGAAGGAUGUGUUCCGCUGUCUAAGCUUCCGUUCUGUCUUACACGGAGACAGACUAUUGCCAGUUGGAAAAAGAUCCGAAAGGAGGACUAUGGUUUUACAGACAAUGAGGUCGAUGACGGGGAGAAUCUCCAAGAUGUCGAUCUUAGCGAUGGGGACGUUGAUGAGGAGGACUACGAUGUUGAAUACGAUUUCAGUGACUACAAGCCCGCAGCUGCGCUUGGAGAUCCGACUGAGAGUGUUUAG